UCCCCCCGCCUCUAUUUAAACGCGCGCACCGGCCAUAAUCCCGCCGCCGCUCCACUUCACAGCGCCGCUCCACACUGCCUCCACAGGAACGCACGCAGCUGAACUGAACACGCGCCGUCCACAGAGAUCCACCGGUGAGGCAUGGCCACCAAGCGCCGUUUCGCCUUCGCAGUGCUCUGCCUCGCGGUGGCGCUGCACGCCGCGGCGGCGGCCAGGACGGCGCCGGCGGGUGGCUCCGGCGGCGCGCCCGCCGCCACGGCUGCCACGCUCCCGGCGGCCGCUGCCGCUGCCGCGGCCGGCAACAUGAACGGCGGCGCCACUGAUGCCGCCGGCGUGGCUGACAAGAAGAACUUGUUCGUGGGCGUGGGCGGCAUGGGCGACCUCCCGGGCUUCCCCGCCGUCGGCGGCGGGUACGGCGGCGGAUUCGGCAACAACGGCGGGGGCGUCUUCAGCGGCGUCACGGGCCCGCUCGGCGGCGUCGGGGGCGGCGUCGGAGGCGUCGGCCCGCUCGGCGGGGUCGGUGGCUUCGGGCCCCUGGGCGGCGGCGGCAUCCCGUUCGGCGGCUUCGGCGGCGGCGGCGGCGGCGCCCCGGCGUUCGGAGGCUACGGCGGAGGCGCAGGUGGGGGUGCUGGCGGCGUCACGCCUUGAGAGCUGCUGCACGAGCCAUGGCGACGCCGGGUCGUGCGGGGCAGGAUGCGCGCCCGGAGGGUGCAUGGCGUUCGCGUGCGCGCCGCGCACGUCCUGGCGCAGGUGGUCCAUGCAUCAUGCAUGUGUAAUGUGUUUGUGGCUCGGCGAGCGUGGCAUGUAACGUGUCGAGUUCCCUUUUCUUCGUUGCGUAGCUGUGUGUGACUCGAAGCAUCUCUGUGUGACCGCGUGUGGCUGCAGGGCAGAGAGGUCGGAGUCUGUAAAAAAGUUUGGGCUUGCUGUUUGACUGUCUGUGUGGCAUGCUCGAGUAGGGUGUGCCCGUGUCGUGUGUUGUUGAUCGGAUCCAGUGACGUGUGUGCUCGUGUACCAGUUGCAUGCUUAGCUGGUUAGUUCAAUGUUAUGUGCAUUUGAGCC